AUGGAUCAGUGUGAGGACAGAGAGGAGGGAGUCCCUCCCUCUAAAACCACUCUAAGUGGGGAACAUGAGAACCAGACCAAAGCUCAGAGUUCAGAGAUGGAGGAGUCUGUUCAUGAGCAGCCCCUUGAAAUGCUGGAGAAUUUGGAAGUGGAGGAACUGGAACGUUUCCACUCCUACCUACAGGAUGUACCUGUAACCAUCAAUAAGUGCCAACUAGAGAAUGCAGACAAACUGGAAACUAGAGAUCUGAUGGCGCAGACAUAUACUAAUGACCAUGUGAUGGAAGUGGCGACAUCAAUUUUGAAGAAGAUGAAAGAGACUCUGCAGCCAUGUCAGUCUAAAUUCAAGUCUCAUCUGAAGAAGAAGUAUGAGCGUGUGGUCGAAGGGAUCUCUGUAACAUUAAGCAAAAACCUUCUCAAUCAGAUCUACACAGAGCUCUACAUCACAGAGGGAGGGACUGCAGAGGUCAAUGAUGAACAUGAGGUCAGACAGAUUGAAACAGCAUCCAGGAAACCAGACAGACCAGAAAUAACAAUCAGACAAGAAGACCUCUUUAAAGCCUCACCUGAAAGAGAUGACCAAAUCAGAACAGUGCUGACAAAGGGAGUGGCUGGCAUUGGGAAAACAGUCAUAACACAGAAAUACAGCCUGGACUGGGCUGAAGACAAAGCCAACCAGGACAUCCAGUUCAUAUUUCCAUUCACUUUCAGAGAGCUGAAUGUGCUGAAUGAGGAAAAGUUCAGCUUGGUGGGACUUGUUCAUCACUUCUUUACUGAAAUUGAAGAAGCAGGAAUCUGCAGCCUUGAAGACUUCCGGGUUGUGUUCAUCUUUGAUGGUCUGGAUGAGUGUCGACUUCCUCUGAACUUCCACAAGACUACAAUCCUAACUGACCCUAGAAAGUCCACCUCAGUGGAUGUGCUGCUGAUAAACCUCAUCAGGGGGAAACUGCUUCCCUCUGCUCACCUCUGGAUAACCACACGUCCUGCAGCAGCCAAUCAGAUCCCUCAUGACUAUGUUGACAUGGUGACAGAGGUCAGAGGGUUCACUGACCCACAGAAGGAGGAGUACUUCAGGAAGAGAUUCAGAGAUGAGGAGCAGGCCAGCAGGAUCAUCUCCCACAUCAAGACAUCACGAACCCUCCACAUCAUGUGCCACAUCCCAGUCUUCUGCUGGAUCACUGCUACAGUUCUGGAGAAUGUACUGAAAACCAGAGAGGGAGGAGAGCUGCCCAAGACCCUGACUGAGAUAUACAUCCACUUCCUGGUGGUUCAGGCCAAAGUGAAGAAGGUCAAGUAUGAUGGAGGAGAUGAGACAGAUCCACACUGGAGUCCAGAGAACAGGAAGGUGAUUGAGUCUCUGGGAAAAUUGGCUUUUGAUCAGCUGCAGAAAGGAAACCUGAUCUUCUAUGAAUCAGACCUGACAGAGUGUGGCAUCGAUAUCAGAGCAGCCUCAGUGUACUCAGGAGUGUUCACACAGAUCUUUAAAGAGGAGAGAGGACUGUACCAGGACAAGGUGUUCUGCUUCAUACAUCUGACUGUUCAGGAGUUUCUGGCUGCUCUUCAUGUCCAUCUGACCUUCAUCAACUCUGGACUCAAUCUGAUGGAAGAGCAACAAACAACCUCUAUGUGGUCUAAAUUAUUUAACAAAUCAAAUCUUCAAACUCUCCAAAAGAGUGCUGUGGACAAGGCCUUACAGAGUCCAAAUGGACACCUGGACUUGUUCCUCCGCUUCCUCCUGGGUCUUUCACUGCAGACCAAUCAGACUCUCCUACGAGGUCUGCUGACACAGACAGGAAGUAGCUCACAGACCAAUCAGGGAACCGUCCAGUACAUCAAGAAGAAGCUCAAGAGAGUCUAUAAAGCUCUGUCGUCAGUUCUUGGCUCCCAGUGUUCUAGCAUGAUAGAGCUGGACCUGAGCUACAACAGCCUGGAGAAUUCAGAACUGGAGUUUCUAUCUUCUGGACUGAAGAAUCCACAAUACUGA